UUUUUAUUAUGGCUUAUGGCAAAUCGAAGAUCGAAGUACAGCGAAGUGAUUCAUUUUAGUUUGGUUUGGUUUCAUUUUUUAAUAAAAAUAGAUAAAUUGCUCAUUUAAUUAUAAUUUGAAAAGACAGGACAAUACACCAAUGAUAUGAUUUUGCCUUGAGAAAUUUGCCCAUUAGCAAUUUGAAUUAUAAACUUUACCGAUGGCUGAAAAAGGAACCGUUGAUAUCAAAAGUAAAUUUGAUGCGGAAUUCCGUAGAUUCUCCGUUAAUAAAACUGAAGUUAAAACCUACGAUGAAUUUAGAAACUUUAUAGAAAAAUUACACAAGUUAACAGGCAUACCUUUUUUAAUAUCAUACAGUGAUCCCAGAGAUGGCGAUCUAUUGCCUAUAAAUAACGACGAUAAUUUGGCCAGAGCACUUACUGUGAAACCAUUACUAAGGAUUAUUCUUCAAAGAAAAGGUGAAAGUUUAGAUCAAAAUGGAUAUCAUCCUUUUAAACCGAGAAACUUGAUAAGUUCGAUAUUAGGCAGCACUCCGGGAAAAUCGAAGUCUCAUCCUUGGAUUUCGAAUCCUCAAGAUUUCCGACAGGUUUCGGCAAUUAUUGACGUUGAUAUAGUGCCUGAAACGUGUAGACGAGUUCGUUUAUUGAAGCAUGGUUCAGAUCGACCGUUAGGAUUUUAUAUACGUGAUGGUACUAGUGUACGAGUUACGCCUUCUGGAUUAGAAAAAGUUCCGGGUAUAUUCAUUUCACGACUAGUCCCUGGUGGACUUGCUGAAAGUACUGGAUUAUUAGCCGUGAAUGAUGAGGUGUUAGAAGUGAAUGGAAUUGAAGUUGCUGGUAAAACCUUGGAUCAGGUGACAGACAUGAUGGUGGCAAAUAGUUAUAAUCUUAUAAUUACUGUUAAACCCGCCAAUCAAAGAAAUACGCUAUCCGCUCCUCGACGAGGAUCAAUAUCUAGAACUUCGAGAAUUUCGGCCAACUCAAUUCAGAGUAACACUACCACGACCAAUACAUCAGAGGAUGACGAUCAUGACGAGGUAGUAAACUUCACGUAAAGGCAAGUAUUAUUUCAUCAAAAAUUAUCAUUUCUAACUACCUGAAGUCCUAAACCAUUUCUACCUAUUGAAGUAUGAAUCGAAAACAAAUUUUUUAGAUUUCAGUACUUAUAACAAUUUUGUAUUUUUUUUUGGAAAGUGUAGUCUAUCGUCUUGAUAAUAAUUUUUAAAAUGUUCUUCCUCAAGUAGUUGUGCAGUAAUUCUGUCACAUUAUUUUUUUUUUUUUUUUAGUUUCGUAAACUUAUCAUUUUAAACCGUACUUAAGUAUUCAAAAAUUGAAAAAAUAAAAUAAAAAAUAGGUGCUACCAAAGUGACAUUUUGUUCUUUACAACUGUAAUUAUUUUUAUCGUAUUAAUAAUCAUCAAAAAUCAGAUGAUAAGUUUUUAUCCGAAAUUGUGAUCAAUUAUAGGAUUAAUUAUGAUUAUUUUUCUAUUUUAAAAUUAAAUUCUUUUUGAUCUUUUCGUGAAGAAAACAAGAAUUGAAAAUUCAUGGUGAUCUGAUUGCAAGACAUAUUCGUUAUUUUAUGUUUGAUUUUUUCCUUAAUAAUAUUAAAAAUAACUUAUGAGCCGCAGCGGGAUUCUGCGCCAGGGGACAAUUUUUUUUAUUGAAAUCCCUACAGAACAAGCGAUAAAGUGACCCUAUGUACGCAUUUUUCGUUUUCCAAAAUAAAUACUAUACGUU